UUAAGAGUCAUAUAAGUGCAAAAGUCACAUGGAAAAGGUCUAUUUUCAUUCCAGCUCAAAAACUCACUAUCACUAGUUGGGCUCUAAUAUAAUAACAGUAUGAAAUUCACAGGGGACAUUUUUCCGCUUUCAGAGCUUUUACUUUUUUAAAAAUAUACUUUUACUUGUUUAUAUACAAUUUUUAAUUAAUGCCUUUACCUUUAAUGAAUUAUUUUACUAUGUGGGUAUAGUACUUUUAUGGAAAUCCAUUCUAUAUUUUAGAUAUUUCAGUGUAGAUUAUUACACAUGAGGCUGGAGUAUAUACAGUAGUUAACAGAGUGUUGCCUUAUAUGGAAUAUAAAAUAUAUGGAAUAUACGGAAUUGUAUGGACACAGUGUUCUGUUAGAAUGUUCCCAAUCCAGAAAGUUAACGAAAGAUUCCAUCAAUUCACCAGUUGACACAGAGAUCUCCGGACUGGGCAUUAACCACAAACCUGCUGAAGUGAAUACACUGACUCAAACUAUCCUACAAGCGUAGAGAAAGAAUAUAACGAUGAACAAUAAGACGAUGAUGGCUAGAGCACACCUCCUUGCUGAAGUGGAGGCUGCGAAAAGCCUAAACAAAAUGACCCCAGAGGAGAGAAGGGAUGAGGUCAGAAGACGAACACAUGUCGAGUUGAGAGCAAUGGAGAUGGAACGCAGACAAAGAGUCGCGGAGAAGACCAACAGGGACAGGGAGGAGAGAGAAAGAGUGAGGAGACAGAGAGAAAAAGUUGAGGAGGAGAAGAUGAGGCUGGAGGCCAGAGAAAAGAAAGAAAGAAAGCAAGAACUUGGCCAUCCGUCAACUGUGAAAGACAAAGCCGGUCCAGUGAGCCUGACCUCUGACCUCAAGUCAGCUGGGAUCAAAAAACAACCUCUGCACAACAACUGGAUUGAAGAAGAAAAGACCCACCACAACAACUCUGUGUAUAAACUCUUUGCUGCAAAACCAGGCCCCAAGCCUGAAGAAAAAACAAAAACACCCAAACCCAAGUGCCGUGACCAUAAAGAGAAGAAGGAUGAGAAACACAAACGCAAUACAAAGCAGCCACGCAAGAAAGCAUUCCCAGCUGAAUGACUGCUGCACUGGAGGAUUCGCUACUAAGAGCAAUAGCAUCCUGACAUCCAGUUUCUAGUUCAUUUCAUUUCUUUGUUAUUGUGAUAUGUUAAGCCAUAUUAA